CGCCUCCGUCCCCGCAAUGCAGGAACACAGUCGAGGCUCGCCAUGAAGAAGACGCUGCUGCUGUGCUUUAUCCACGGAUUCAAGGGCGGCGACGACACCUUUGGAAACUUUCCCUCUCACCUGAAAGCGAUCCUCCAACAUGCGCUGCCCAAGGUCGAGGUGCUGGCGAUUACAUAUCCGAAGUUUGAGACGCGGGGGGAUUUGAAGGAGUGUGUGGCCAGGUUCAAGGAAUGGCUCCAAAACAAAGUCAUAGACCUCGAAGUCGCCUCCUCGACCCCCUCCCCCACCGUCGACCCCUCGGUCCACACCAUCCUCAUCGGCCACAGCAUGGGCGGCAUCGUCGCCGCCGAGACCCUCCUCUCCAUCACGCGCGAACAACCAAUCCACUCGCCCUCCGCCUCCAUGUCCAACACUACCACCACCUCCGACUCCACCCCCUCCCUCCCCUCCGCCUCCACCCUCAUGUUCCCCUACAUCGCCGCCCUCCUCGCCUUCGACACCCCCUACCUCGGCAUCUCCCCCGGCGUCGUCGCCCACGGCGCCGAAGGCCACUGGAACACGGCCAAAACCGCCGCGUCGUGGUACAGCUCGCUCAGCUCGGCCUUCACGUCGGCCGCGCCCGAGAAGUCGGCCGUCGAGGCCUCCAAAAUGCUGCCCGCGGCGCCCUCGGCCGCCGCCGAGGACGCCACCGUCGACGUCGCCGCCGCGCCGCUGUGGCAGCGCUACGGCCGCGUCGCCCUCUUCGCCGGCGCAGCGGGCGCCGUCGCCGCCGGCGGCGCCGCCGCCUACCUCAAGCGCGCCGACCUCAGCAGCGGGUGGCAGUGGGUCGGCUCGCACCUCGAGUUCGUCGGCGCGCUCGCGCGCGGCGCGGAGCUCGAGGCGCGGCUCGCCGCCAUCGUCAAGCUGAACGAACAGCAGCACGUCGGCUUCGCCAACAUCUACACCGCGCUGGGCCGCGCGGCCGAGCCGGCGCCGGCGCCGGCGCCAGCGGCGGGCAGCUCGAGCUAUGCGAAGCAGAUCUCCGGGCCGAGUCGCACGUUCUGUAACCUGCCGAAGCGGGAUCUGGAGCUGGGGCGGUUUUUCGUGAAGAGCGUGAAUGAUAGGGCGCGGGACGAGGCCGGGGCGCAUAUGGGCAUGUUUGAGCCGCGGAAUAAUCCGGGGUAUUACGGGAUGAGUGAGCGGGCGAAGGAGUUGGUGAGUGGGUGGGUGCUGGGCGGGGGGUGGUAUGAGGAGGCGACGGGGGGGGGGCGGGGGGUGGCGUUGGAGGAGGAGGAGGAGGGGGUGGUUGUGGAUUUGGAGGAGGAUGGGGGGGAGGGGGGGGAUGGCGAGGGGUUUGUCGACUUGAAGGGGAGUGUGUGA